UGAAAUUAUAGGUCUAGAUUAAUACGACUUCACGGUACUAAACUACAUAAAAAAGAUAAAUGACUCUGUGUUUACACGUGUUUGUUAAGUGACAAUGGCAGCGGUCUGGGAAGCGUACGAACCCGGUAAAGCCAUAAUCUCGUUAUGAAUCCAUAGAGUGUGUUAGUCAAAUGUAAAUUUGACUUUCUGUAGUGGUUUUAUUAAUGCUGAUGCGACUAGUGAUCCAACAAUAAGGAAACGUCUCGUCGAAGUAUACAUUGCAAAAACUAAUGAGAACAACGAAGCUUUGUCUGCGUAAAGGACAUUUCACCUACAAAGUAGCCAACAAACUAUAAGAAGAUUAUUUCGAUCGUGUCAUCAAGACCGAAUUCGCUAUACGAUUUACUGUCAAUGUGCCGGACAUUUCCCCUACAUUCUCUCCUAAGAGUGACCUUGCACCAGAAUAACUGGAUUUGUCCUUAUAAUCAGCUGUGAAAAGGUCAACACACAGCAGUUUUGCAUUUGUUUUGUAUAUGUUAUACGUGUUAACCUGUAUGAAGGUACCCGUGAACCAGAUCUAGUGUUUAAGCUCGCAGGAGCAACUGGUUUCGAUUCGAUUGCAAUGAAGAUUUAACAUAAACUCAUACAUGAUCAUGAGUAUUUGAAGCUCCAUUAUACGAAACGCGGGCCUUUAUGGUAGUGUAUAACAUGAUGCGUGUGUAUGGCUUAUGUCUACAAAUGACACGAAUAGAUUCGACUGAUUGGCGACGUCAAUCUACGCUGCAUCACAGCAGAUUACGAGGAUUAACAAUAACCGGUAAAAGCGUACGAUGAUAGUGACAAGGAGUCCGGCUUUGUACAAGCGAUCAAUCAUUUCGUUUUGUUGUUAGUGAUGGUGGUGCCGUUGACAACCGUAGUGUCGUUCAUCAUUUCUCGUCAGGAUCGCUCGUGCCCUCCUCAUGCCAUUUUACCGUUGACCAAUAACGAAGUUCCCGGCAUCUUUGGCGUGCGGAUGUAUCGAACAUAGUUGCAAUCGUUUCAACAUAGCAACACCUCAUCAGUGUUGGUUUAUCUGCGCGUUUGUUUGCCUGUCCGCCAAAGGCCACCCCAGGCAUCGAACAGCAGCGGGCGGACGAAUUCUGCAAACGAACUAUCCAACUAAUUUCAUCGAGUAAUGUUUCCUUCGCUCUUUUUGUCCUCUCCUACCUCCUAUUUAUCAGAGGAAUAAUUGAAAAACACUGACUGCAGCGGAAAGGGUUCGAAUAGCGACCGAUGACGAGCACUUCUGUAGUGAUUGUCGUUGCCGUAGCAGCAGCAGCAGCAGCAGCAGCGAACCCCUCGUCUCCGCAUUCAUGUCUGACGCCAUUGUUAUGUUGUUCGAUCGGUCGAUCUGUCUUAAUGUUGGCCAAUUUUUGUUGUUACUCUGUUUACGUCCGUAAGUGUUUACCGCGCCUUCGCUUACAUGAUCUCCUUCAACUACUGGCGACUGUCUCGAAGAAGAAUGGCCAAAGAAGUGAUGUGAUCUACAACAAAAAAAAAUAACAGUAACGGCAACGAUCAUGUCUAUAAUAACCAGUGCGGAUCCGCUACAAAAGCAUACACGUUUUAUGUUGCUUCAGCACUCGUAUACGGACGCUCAUCGACUUCGGCCACUCUCCGCCAGCGGCUGUUGGUCAGUCUUUCGUCUCCAAUUACCGCUUCACCCACGGUCUGUCCGUCUUUUAUUUGUAUCCGUGUCAUGAAGAACGAUGGACACACAUCGUUCAACGCGCGCCAAAGCUGCCAGACGGACUGCACCACUAUCAUAAGGACCACGAUCAUCAUCAUCACCACCAUAUCAGGACCUGGAUUCGAAUCGUUCGCCGGUACAAGCAAAAAUGUUCGUGGUUUUCCUCCCGAAAAAAGCGCGUCAAAAAUUAAAAUAAGAAAGCGAGAGGGAGAGAGGGAGGGAGGGAGCGGACAUCUGGAAGCCCGGAAAAGGAGAGGGUGGGUGAGGUGAUGGUGGGAAGUUGGCAUUCGAUCAUCGGCGGUCACGACGCCGCUGCUUCACUAAACUAUAAUACCCGCUUUUUGUUGAUGUGACUUCUAAUGCUGCUGCUGCUGCUGCUGCUGCUGCUAUGGUGUGGUUUCGAUAACAGCUAAGCGCAGCCUUCCUCGUCUGCAGCUACGGUAUAGUCGUUGUUGCCGCUGCUACGAGUUGUACUCGUUGUGGACACGGCUUUCAAAGAUAAAAGGAUGUAGCGUAAAAAGGCGCUCAAUUGAAAACUUUUUCCCGCCAUUCUCGUUUCGCGUAUCAUUGCAUCGAUAUUUUCGUUUGUCGUGGUAACAUAUAGCAUUGCGAAGCCAAGCCCCAAGGGUAUGUCACAACACAACUUUGCCCGUAUCAUUGACAGUCGACGGUUGGAUUGUAGCCUACGAUGUCUACAUCUGGGAACACUCCUGAGGGGCGUUGUUGACGGCUCGGUGGUGCCGAGGAGACCAUCCCACACGAGCGGCGAGUGGUCCGUCGUGCAAUGGACGGCCCGUGCCUUAAAUGCAAUGAAGGAAUCUGUCUCGGCUAUCAACCGCAUUUUUGGAGGCUUUCCUUCAUGCUCCUAAUGAAAUAUAUGGCUGCAUCAAUCAUCGACUGGCAAUCAUAUUAUUCGUAUAUAAUAGAAUACGGCAGUACUACUUGGAGGGAGAGGGGCGGCGAAAGGCUGGCCUUACGAGCCGUCAACCGGUGUACGAAUUUUAUUAGGAGCGGCAACAGAGACUACAGGACGAACGGGAAAGUUUGUCGUAACUGUCGAUGUCCACGCGAGGACCAUCAGCAGUCGGGCUCCACAGCCAACAUGGCCGAGGUCGAACGGCUCAUGCUCCCGGCGCCCCCGCAGCAUAUGAUGACCUCGCCCACGUCUUCAGGAUCUACUGCAGCCGUGGGCGCUAGCGGAGCUUCUGGAACAGCUACGGCGUCUGCUGGAGGAGCGGUGUCGAACUCUUCGCAGCAGGCGACAACGGGGGGCCAAAAUGGUCAUGGCCCUCAGCAGGCACCGUCCCCAGAAAUGGGCUCAGGACAUCGACAAAGUGACGAUGAUAGCGGAUGCGCGCUCGAGGAGUACACUUGGGUACCUCAAGGACUCAAGCCGGAACAAGUACAUCUAUACUUUUCGUCUCUGCCAGAAGAUAAGAUUCCCUAUGUAAAUUCGGUAGGAGAAAAGUAUCGCAUGAAACAGUUAAUUCAGCAAUUGCCGGCCCAUGACUCGGACGUUCGUCACUGUACGAGCCUAUCGGAAGAGGAGUGCCGAGAGCUUCGACAAUUUUCUGCCCAGCGAAAACGUGAUUCCCUAGGUCGAGGCACCGUCCGCCAGCUGCCCGUCUCUCCGCACCUACAGAUCGUCUGCGCAUGCUGUAAUGACUAUAUCAUCGGCGGCGAUAUGGCAGUGUUUGCGUCGAGGUCUGGUCCAAAUAUUGGUUGGCAUCCGGCUUGUUUCCAGUGCUCAAUCUGUAAGGAACUGUUGGUAGACCUCAUCUAUUAUAUGAAGGAUGGGGCGCUUUAUUGCGGUCGACAUCAUGCAGAGAGUUUGAAGCCUCGCUGUAGCGCCUGUGACGAGAUUAUCUUCGCAGACGAGUGCACCGAAGCUGAAGGGCUCACCUGGCACAUGAGUCAUUUCUGCUGUUAUGAGUGCGACCAGCAGCUUGGUGGACAACGCUAUAUUAUGCGAGACAAUCGACCAUUUUGUCUCGCCUGUUUCGAUGCAAUCUUUGCCGAAUUCUGCGAUACCUGUGGUGGACCCGUCGGAGUCGAUCAAGGUCAAAUGUCUCUCGACGGUCAACACUGGCACGCGACGGAGCAGUGCUUUCGCUGCUCGUGUUGCAAAAUGUCUCUACUCGGCCGGCCAUUUCUACCAAAGAAGGGGCUCAUCUAUUGCUCGCACGAAUGUAGCAGAAGCAAUUCCAAUAGUCGAGCACAUCGGUCCAACUCUGUUAGGAAUUUUGCUAGCCAGAAUUCUUCUACAGAGAAUGGCCCAACUGGCAGCUCAGCGUUAUCUCCGAAAGACGCUGUUAGUGGCAUGCAUACGCCGACUGGACUUUUCGUUCCUGGCAUAUCAAACGUUCCCGAAACAGUUCGCAAAGUAACGCCAGGCUCGUUCUCACCGCUAGCCAAUAGUUCAUCGGAUAACGUGCAUUCACAGCGUAUGUUGGAGCGAAACUAUUCGCCUUCGAUUAUGUCCAAUCAUAGUGAACCGUUGCGGAACUUCGGGGCGAGCUUUUCCCCAAACACCUCAUCGGAGAAGAGCUUCAACGCCAGCCAACAAAUAGCACUGAUUGAUCCACGUGGACAACAACAUCAGCAGCAGCAAAUUCUUCAGCAGCAUCAAGCACAGCAGCAGCAGCAACAUCAGAUGCUUGUGCAGCAAACGGUGGCCCAGCCUCAACGACCAGGUCCACCGCCAUACAACGUGGCCGCGUAUAACUCAAAUGGCUUACCCCCUCCUAUAAGCCGCCUUCAGAGUCAGCUGCGCGGGUGUCAAGGUAACAUUGAGUAUACCCCUCAGCAUAAAACGACUCAUACGGCACCAAACGUACUCUCCCCAAUGGCACGUCAGUCCCCUAACGGCAUCAACGGACGCCAUGAGAUGGCGCUGCCGAACGCUGGCAAGAACUCGCCUAGCAAUUGCACGCAGGCACAGCGAAUUCUUGGCGACGUCAGCAGCGGAUCGGUCUCUCCGGCGGCACGAAACUCGCCUGCACAGGGACGCCGGGACAUACAGAAGCCCCAACAGCCCACCGUCGCGGGAUUGCAGCACUCAGGCAGUUCACAGGGUGGCCCUAUGCGGUCGUUGUCACCAACUUUGCCGCGACGGGAGGGUUCGCCCGGGUUAGGCCGAAGAUCACUUACCGAUCUCUCGUCAAAUAGCCUGCCACGAACCACUUCUCGAAGCGGGCCGAGCUCGCUAAUCGAUACGCCAACAAAAUAUAAGCAGGUCUACUCUCAUCAAGGCGUUGAAGGAUCACCACAGCGUAAGCAUAUGGCCGAUUUCUCGUUAGCAGAGGUCAAUUUUGGUGCAAAACAGAAGACAAAAUUGACUCGUGAAGGCUCGCUUAAUGAACACUAUGCGAACCUUCAACGCAGUGGCUCGGUUAAUGCGUUACCUGAAGUAGAAUAUAGUAAUACAUUGUUAAGACGGCGGCCGUCCGAGCAUUUUCAUGGAAGCACGUUGCCAAGAAACUUUAGCAGCGGCCAUAUUCAAAUGACACAGGCCGCUCACUGCGACAAUCUCGAAAGUAAUCUGUACAGUAAUUAUCCUGCAUCGCAGGAUCUCUACACGAAUGGGCCAGGUCAGAUGCACAACGGGCAUGUGCAGCAUCUAAACCAAAGUCAAGAGAUUUAUAGUAACCCGCAAGAUUUCCAGCACGUAGCAGACCAAACUUACGAUAAUGUUCCGAGUGUACGCAGUAUCGUCUAUAAGAAUGGAAGGCAGGAAGAAGCGAUGAACGAGCGCGAUAUGGCUGUAACUUCCGCGCAGGCUAUGACACCUAGCACGAGGAGACGAGAGCCUCUCGAUAUGAGCGACCUCUGCUUGAAGGACCUACUGGCUGGAAGCGAUCAGGUCUUCGUUGAAGUUGUCCAAGAAAUUCAGAACGGACCUUCAGUCCAUCGAACAAGUCUUCAAGCAGCUUCUGCCGGCCCUGGUUCAGUACGUCAGAACUUCUCAUUACCGCUGAUGAACCCGCACCGACCAUCUGUUCAACCUCCUGAGGCUCUUGAACUCGAGUCGCCAAUCACACCUCAACAGCUACCCAGCCCACCUAUUCUGAAAUCGAUCGGACCCCCUAACGGCAUUCUUCAAAGGCAGGUUAAAACUCGGGCCGAGGUACAUACCGAAGAUCGGGUGCAUCCCUCUGAUGAACGGCGCUCAAUGAGACGCGAGUCGAAAUCGAAGGUGCGUUUCGAUCCCAGCCUUGGCCAUGCCAAUUCCGAUGAAGAGCAAAAGUCUGCCUCGAGAAACACUACCCGACGUCACCGUAGGAGGCAUCGGAGACGUUCGUCCAGCUCGGAGUCAGAGGGCGAAUGCGAGAACCGAGCAGAGAAGAAGUCUACGAUGUCUUCUUCGUCAUCGUCGUCGUUAUCAUCGUCAUCUGCAAGGAAGCAUGGCAGCGGCGGCGGCGGUAGCGGUGGUGGCGAACAUGCGUCACGGCACCGCAGCCGAUCGGAAGAUCGUUGCGAUGGCGAGAGUUCGAGAGAACGCAAAACCCGCAAAAGCCUGCGCAGUUCGUCGCAUGGUAGCCGAUCAAGGAGCGGAUCAUCUUCACACAAAAGCCGCAGCUCAUCAAAGUCAAGAAGGGAUCGUGACGAUAGCAGUUGUUCGACCUGCGAAAGUACCGAAUCCACUUCUAGUACUGAGGACGAGGCUGAGAUCUAUCGACUCCCUGAACGACGCGAAUACGGCGGUGUCCGAAUUAACUAUGUACAAAGUAGCACACUUGCCGCUGCACGUCAAAAGGCGGUUGCGUCUCAACGAGCACAAAAUAAGAAUUGUCUUGUUCAGUGACAUGGCCCUGGUACCUCUGUAUAUUGCAUUGCCACUCAUGCACUACAAUGGUGCCAUUGACGUUCAAUAGAAGCUGGCUUUAUACGAUAACAUAGACUACCGAGCCAGCAUGUACAUUACGGAUAACGCACACUGGUACACACUGGUAUAAAUAAUAGCGCACUAUGAAUGACAGUGAUGACAUUAAAAGUGCUGUCAAAUUGUACAAACGGGGCAAAAAAAAAACAACUGGAUUUUUCAGCUUCGCGUCGACAGCCUGGUUCCUUUAUGUGCCUGACAAAUGCGAACAAAAUAGGCAAAACAUCACGAAACAAAUCUUGGGCGAACACUUCUAUACACGAUAGGAAUAAUUGCAAGAACAACAAACAAUCGAUGAUUUACCUUUUUUGAGUCAACAGCGCGUCUGGUGGCCAAAGCUUGCAAUAAACAAAAUAUGGUACCUAAUACAAGCACACUCGAAAUAGAUCUUCUGCUAAAAUGUGCAUCUCUACAUUUUAUCAUUUCUAUCUAGAUGUGUGCAUGUGUGUGUGCAAUAACUUUCCUCUUAACUCCGUGCGUUCGCUCAAGCGGCAGCCGGCACAAUUCGACUACCAAGGCCUGUGGCGCUAGCCAGAACGAAGCGUAAGGACAAGCGAAUGUUGUAUACAUUUCGGUGUACUAUUUGAAUAUACUUGAAUAGUAUAUAUACACGGGCUAUAUAGGACAAUAUAGAGAACGAUGGCGGGUAUGUUCUACUAGACGUGGAUGGUACCCCACCCGUCCCAGUAUUUGUCUCAUCCCCUCUCCCGUAAAACCCAUCGACAGGCACCCUUUCAGUUGUAUAUGAAACGCAUCAUCUGUAGAGAGAACAUACCUACCACUAAUUAGCGUCGGAUUAACUAUAUAUAUAUAUAUAUUUUUUUUUUUUUAUACGUGUAUGUAGAGUUAUAUAUGAAAUACUCAUGAGAUUAAUA